AUGCAGCCCCCGGCAUCCUCCCCCGGCCCCGCCGCCUCGGCGGGCGCUGAGCUGCUGCGGUGGCAGUGGCGGGAGGUGCAGGCGCCCUGCCUGGUGGCCGCCUGGAUCCUGGUGGCCAGCCUGGCCAAGAUCCGUGAAUGUCCGUGUGUCGUCGUCGUCCCCCUUCCCCAGCUCCGGUCCCCCGGGGCACCGGGAGCCGCUGCGCCCAUCCCGGGGAGGGCAGGUUUUCCACCUGUCAAGGAAGGUGACAUGAUCCCAGACCACGAUCGAGCUGUGGAAUAUGGCCUCACCAUCAAACCCCUGGUGACAUGGCUGAAGGUGAAGCGCAGUGACCACCACAAGCCCACACUGAACGAGGAGCUGCAUGAGCACGCCUUUGACCACAUCCUGGCAGCCGUGGAGGACAUUGUAGGGCACCACAGCUACCAUUACUGGUGAGACGAGUGGGAACAGUUCGACAAGAAGUAUCUGAGCCAGCUCCUGAUGUGGAAAUCUGCCUACAGGCUGAGGGAUGAGAUCUGGGAUGUUUACUACAAGCUGAACAUUCAUGAUACUAUCAGCUUUGUCGACCAGGGUGGCCACGUGUUCUCUGCUGCCAAGCUGGUGCUGCCCUCCAUGCCCAGCCGCAUGUCCAUUUUGGAGUCGUCAGUCACGAACCUCCUGAGGGAGAGCGGGAGUGGCGCGUGCCUGGACCUGCAGGUGAUUGACAGGGUGUGGAGCCGGCGGGACAAGGAGGACACUGCCAUGCACCACGUGCUGCAAGGUUGCCUCUACAAGCCGCGCCAGCGGUACAAGGCCAGCUACAGCUAUCACUUCAUCUCUCCAGAUAAACGAGAGCACCAAGAUAAAGAAAUCAUCUGGCAGAACAUGAAGAGGUGGCUGGAGACCUUAAAGUCCACAAAGUUCUCCAAGAGCAAGGCCAAGCUGAAGGAAAAGGGCAGGAAAAAGAAGAACAUCUCUGUGACCAGAGAGGCUCCCAAUGACAAGACACACAGAAAUGUCCCCUGGCAGGAGGCGGCUCCUGUCCUGGUGAUGGUCAGCUCAGAGGAGGAGAGCGAUAGCUCAGAGACAGAGAGAGAGGACGACGAGGGGAUUGUGUUCAUCGCUCAAGCCACCGAUGAGGUCCUGCAGGGAAAGACAGCUCCUGGCAGCCUGGAUGUCUACCCCAGCCCCUGCAUCAUCCUGCCAUCACCCACCUUGGCAGAGAAGGAGCUGCCAUGGAAAGGAGACCAGGCUGAUCUGGCUGUUUACAUCUCCUUGGAGACCACCAAAAUUGUGCCAGUGGAUAUGCAGAAUGCAUGGAACCAAAGCAUCUCCUCCCUGGAGAGCAUUGCUUCCCCACCAGGCAUCGAGAAUGGACCUCAGCACAGGAGAUUCACCUGCCCUGUGCUGAAGGAGCAACCCCAGUCUGUGAGCCAGGCUAUGCCGGAGCAGAGCUCCUGCUUCCAGUUCCCCAGCCAUGUCUCUAAGAGCAGGCACUUGCAGAGUGACAGCAGCCCUGAUGGUACUGAGCAGCAGGAGCUGCAGCCUUUUUUGGCCACAGAGGAGCAGGGCAGGAUGCUGCCCACUGUGGAGCCCAGGUGGCUGAUGUUCAGCAGAGCGAGCCACCUCUGAGGCAUAC